AAUAUACAAGGUUAACACCUUCGCAGGAAGUCUUGGGGUUCAAAUGGUUUCUAGUUCAUCCAAAACGGCAGGAUUUGUACUCUACAACAAUGAACGUCCACUGCUGCGCUAUCUGGUGUACAGGGGAACUGGACAAGUCAGUGUUUCGGACACUGGUCAUGAGAUGGUGACUGUCGUGGAAGCAGACAAUACAUUGACUGGCAUUGAGAAGAUUGGCGAUAACUUGUAUAUGGUCGGCACCGCAAAGACAAAGGGAAAAGAACAAGCGCCAAAACUCCGCUUCCUCGAGCGUGGUGAAACAGUACUGCUAACGGCUUCCCCAGCAAACCGUGUCAGCGCCGCCGUUAUUGGUGGAGAGCUCGCACCAAUGGCUGAGAGCGACUCAAGCGACAUUGCGCAAUACGCAAAGGUCGUUAGUGUUGUUGAAGAUGACACGACGGAAGCAGAUAGGCCAGAGGAAAGUGAGUCUUCCCGGUAUCUACACACCACGACUGAUUUGCAAGGCACAGAAGACAAACUCGACGACACGUACCCGAGUGUUCGAGACGCCGUGUCGUCUUAAGAAAUGUUUUAAAGACGUUUCAUAACUUAAGUACGUAUAGACGUAAAGGUUGUCCUUAGCAUCAGUGACAUGCCAUCAUUUAUUCAUGAUAUAGGGACCUGUCCAUAUUUCUGUAGUAUUGUUAGUGGCGCAGUAAGCAGUCUCCUUUUUAUGUUACAUUGGAUUUACAAGGAGUAUUAAAGAAUAUGUGUCAAUGUU